GCGCCCGCCGCUAAUGUGACAGCGACUUGAAUAAACAGUCUGCGCUAAGCAAGCAAUCGUUUCAUUACUCCCAAUACGUAACAGUGGCGACGAGUGCGUGAAAUACCCACUUUUGAAUAAAUAAAACCCAAAAUGUCUGCAAUGCAUUUUGGUGUUUUAUCGUGUUUUAAUCACAGUGAACAAACGUGGAAAACGUAUAAAAGUCGCAUAACGCAGUGGUUUAUCGCGAACGACGUAAACCAUAUAACCGAUGCGACGGGAGUUAAACGACGAGCUAUACUGCUUAGUGCGCUCACUGAGGGCACAUACAAGUUGGCAGCAGAUCUAGCGCUGCCCAAGGAACUCCAUGAGGUGCCCUACGAAGAUAUUCUAGAUCUCCUGGAUGCUCAUUUCACGCCGAAACGCGUCGGUUUCGGCGAACGGCACAAAUUUUACGCAGCAGUGCAGCAACCCGCGGAGUCAUUUACGCAAUGGGCGGCUCGACUACGGGGACUCACGGCUAAUUGCAACUUUAGCAGUCUAGAAGAAGUACUCCGCGACCGGUUCAUAGUUGGGAUGCUACCGGGACUCGAAAAAGAAGCGAUCUUCGCCGAGGAUCUGAGUAGCCUGACCCUGGCAAGGGCGGUGGAGCAGGCCGAGAACAUCAGGUGUGCGCGGACGGGAGCAGUCUCGAGCGGUGUCGUUACCGCGUAUGCAGAAGUGCUAUGUAAAAUCGGACAGUCGAACAAAUGUGAACAAGAAGUGAGUGAGAGAAAGUCGGGAAAAGUGCAGUGUUCCGUGUGUGGUUAUUUUAACCACAGGUCGCCAGAGUGUCGUUUCAUUAAUAAUACGUGCAAAAAAUGUAAUCAAACGGGUCACCUCCGACGCAUGUGCAAAAAGGUGACGAGCGGGACGGGCGAGAACGACGACGGCGGUGAGUUGUAUAAUAUCCGAUCUUUCAGGGGUGAACCUAUGGUGGAGUCUGUUAAUUUAAAUGGGGUCACUUUAAAAUUUGAAAUUGACAGCGGUUCCGCUGUAACGGUUAUUUCCGAGAUUACUUUUAAACGGCAUUUUAAUGUGUCAUUGUCGCCUUCGAAUAAAAAGUUAAUGAGUUACACGGGCCAAAGAAUACACUGUUUAGGUGUUAUGCGUGAGUCACAAAUGUCGUUCGAUGGGGUCACUCGCGCUAUAGACGUAUACGUGGUACGUGGCGGGGGCCCGGCACUUCUCGGCAGGGAUUUUAUCUCGAAGUUCCACUUAGAACUAGCUCCAGUAAAAUAUUGUGGGUCAUCGCUCUCGAUAGAACAGCUUCAGACUCGUUUUUAUAAAACAUUUUCCGACAAUUUGGGUUGUUUUAAAAAAUAUAAAAUAAAAUUAUUUUUGAAAGAAAAUUCGAAGCCGAAGUUCUUUAAAGCGCGACCCAUUGCUUUCGCCCUCAGGGAAAAGGUUACCGACGAGUUAAAUAGGCUAGUCGACCUAGGUGUCCUGAAACCUGUUGACCAUUCCGAAUAUGCGUCCCCUAUCGUGCCAGUCCUAAAAAGGAACGGCUCCGUAAGAAUAUGCGCCGACUACUCGGUUAGUAUUAACAAGCAGCUAGUCGUCGAGCAGUUUCCCUUGCCGACUGUCAAUGAGUUGUUCUCGAAGCUGCACGGCGGCGAACAGUUUACGAAACUAGACUUGUCCAGCGCGUACAAUCAGCUGUGUCUCGACGAGGACUCACAGAAGCUGACGUGCAUCAACACGCACCGUGGACUUUAUCAGUACACACGGCUCGUAUUCGGUCUGUCCUCAGCUCCGGCGAUUUUUCAGCGCGCCAUGGAGACCGUGUUGUCGGGCUUAGACGGGGUAUUGUGUCUCCUCGACGAUAUUUUGAUUACAGGUCGUACUAGGGAGGAGCACUUGACGCGACUAAGUUCCGUAUUGCAGAGGCUCGAAGACGCGGGGUUAACACUUCAAAAGGAAAAGUGCGAAUUUUUUAAAGACGAGAUCAGUUAUUUAGGUUAUGUAAUUAACAAAAAUGGUCUUAAAAAAUCGCCGGAAAAAGUUAAAGCCAUACUAAACGCACCUAGGCCAAGUAAUGUGAGUCAGUUGCAAUCGUUUUUAGGGCUAGCAAACUAUUAUAGAAAUUUUGUACCCGGUGCAUCAAUGAUGUUAAGUCCAUUGUACGAAUUGUUAAAAAAGAAUAGUAACUGGAAGUGGACAAAAAUUCACUCGGACGCUUUCUCAUCUAUAAAAAAGUGUCUAGCGUCGGAUUCGGUUUUGGCACAUUUUGAUCAAAGCGCCAAACUUAUUCUAACGGUUGACGCAUCCCCUACCGGUCUCGGGGCGAUUUUGUCACAAGUGGGGAAAGACGGCACGGAGCGGCCGGUUGCGUACGCGUCGCGCACACUCACGCCCGCCGAGCAUAGAUACUCGCAAAUACAAAAGGAAGCGACUGCGAUUAUAUUCGGGGUGCGUCGGUUUCACCAGUACUUAUACGGUCGAUCGGACCCUUUCGUCUUACGAACCGAUCACAAGCCUUUGAUAUCCAUCUUCGGUCCACAUAAGGGUAUUCCAGAAGUGUCAGCAAAUAGGCUGCAACGUUACGCGAUGUUUUUAAGCGCGUAUAAUUACGUUAUAGAAUAUGUUCGCAGCUCCGAUAACAGCGCGGACUAUCUUUCCCGCGCGAGCUUGGCGGGGGCGGGGGAGCGCGGCGCGGUGACCACGAAGGCGGGGCGCGCGUCGUGCGCAGACGCCGCCGCGGCGCUGUGCGAUAGGGCCGCAUAUGUUUGCUUCGUGGUGGACGGAACGUUGCCUAUUACCGUAAGCGAAUUACGUCAUGAAACAUCCAAAGACGUAAUAUUAUCCCGCGUUGUGAAUUAUGUUCUAAACGGCUGGCCACAUAAAGUAGCAGAUUUAAAGUUGAAGCCGUACUUUUUAUGUCGAAAUCAGCUAUCGGUUGAAAAUGGAUGCUUAAUGAGGGGCCACAAAGUAAUAAUUCCAAGUUCAUUACGUAAAAAGGUAAUGAACGAAUUGCAUACGUCCCAUUUAGGGAUAGUUAAAACCAAGGCUGAAGCGAGGUCCAGAUUUUGGUUUCCGGGCGUGGACGACGCUAUUGAAAAUUUAAUCGGGUCCUGUGAGGUGUGCACCCGGCUGAGGCCGUCACCGCCGCGUGCUAAGCUGGCGCCGUGGAAGUUUCCUCCUCAGCCGUUUCACAGGGUGCACAUCGACUUCUUAGGGCCGUUAAACGGUCGGUCGUAUUUGGUCGUCGUAGACUCGUAUACCAAAUGGGUUGAGGUAUACGACAUGAACGCAAACACAACGUCGAAUGCAGUAAUCGAACGGUUUUACGAAUACAUUGCGCGUUAUGGGAUACCGAACACGAUUGUGAGCGACAACGGACCCUCCUUUGCUUCGCAAGAGUUCUCAAAGUUCUGCUUAGGAAAUGGAAUCAAGCACUUGACUACACCGGCAUACCAUCCAGCCAGCAAUGGUCAAGCGGAAAGUAUGGUAAAAGUUGUGAAAAAAGGCAUCAAAAGUAGCGUUAUGUCUAGUCGUACAGUGAAGGAAUGUAAGUUACGUCUCCUCAAGUUUCUGUUUGACUAUCGAAAUUCAAUUCACUCCACCACAGGUCUAUCCCCAGCAGAACUGGUGUACGGGCGUAAACUUAAAUCGCGGUUGGAUUUAAUUAAUCCCAGAGAGCCGUCGCCCUCGUUCGGCGCCCUUGCCGAUUUUGUUGAGGUUAGGCAGCAGUCGCAAAUCACAGCCCAUGGUGGGAAAAAUAAAUCUUCCUUUUCCCCUGGUGAACAUGUGCUAUACAAAAAAUUUAGUGGUAAAAAUAAGUUCACCUGGCAUAAGGGUAUUGUGUUACGGCGACUGGGCAAAGUAUUGUACGUAAUACAAGAUAAUGAAACUUUAGCUACACUAAAAAAACACAAAAAUCAAUUAUGGUUAUAUAAAGGUUAUACUAAUAAGAACUUAAACACGUGGGAUGUUGAUGAUUUUGAUGAGGUUAUUGAUAGUAUGCCAAUAUCGUUAACAUCCUCAGGAAUGCCAGGAGUCGCACAGGAUAGUGAUAGGGGCCUAUCUGAGGGGGAAGGUGAGGAAGCAUGCUCGCUUCCGGCCACACCUCCUAUCAACCAUCCCAAUGUGACUGUAACUCGAGGGAGUUUAGGGUUAAAUGUUAUGUCACAUCUAAAGGGGGAGGGAUGUUGUGUAUGCGCUUGCCCUGCGUGUGUUUACGAACUGGCGGCUGCGCCCGCCGCUAAUGUGGGCAAGCUGAUCCAAAAAGCAGCGGACGCCACCAACCUGAAGCGAUUGACACUCGAGCUCGGCGGUAAGAGCCCACUCAUUAUCAUGAAUGACGCAGAAUGUAAGGUGGUUUUCGAUUCAAAAGUUUAA